CCGCGUGAAAAUUUUGUGUGGCUUUUGUGUGUUCCUAAGCGACGCACAAUACUGUUCAUCUUUUUCCUGUUCUUUUGUUUAAGCCCAACUCUCCCCACCCUUCAUUUGCUUCCGCAACAAAAACCACACGGCACCACCGCCCACCGCACCACCACCAGCAAGCCCUCCCGUCAUACUGAAACAUCCGCAGGAAUGCUGGGAAGUUCUUUACCUUCUGCCAUAUUGACCAUUGACUCUGGAAAAGUUUCUGUUUUUUCUCUGGAUCUUGAAUCAUACUCAUCAAAUGCAAAAUUUUCACACAGUUAUCAACCUAGCAACAAUAAAACAGCUAAAUUUACCACAUCCAAAAGAUGGAAAACACAAUCAACUCGAAGAACUCAAGAGAUAAUUUUAACUGAGGAAGAUACAAAGACAUGGGAAGCUUGUAGACAAUCGCUUUCACAAUUCAAAUUUACAGUAGAAGAGGAGGAUAAAAUAUUAGGAAAAGCAUUCGGGUUUCUUCAUUCCCCUUAUUGGGGUGAAGAACGUGAAAAAGUCGUACCAAAAUCCGAUCAAAUUAAUGCCAUUUUGGAUUAUUUAAAAGGUUUAGGUCUUUUAGAUGAUGAUAUCUCUAAAGUACUCAAGAAAUUUCCCGAGGUUGUUGGGUGUAGCCUUGAAAAUGAGGUGAAGGUGAAUAUUGAAAUUCUUGAAAAACAAUGGGGAAUAAAAGGAAAAUCAUUAAAGAAUUUGCUCCUUCGUAAUCCAAAAGUAUUGGGUUUUAUUGUGGAUUGUAAAGGAGAUUGUAUGGCACUCUGCACUCGGUGUUGGGUUCGGUUUUAAUUUCAAGAUUUUUUUUUUGUAAUUUAAGUGUAUACCUUCUAUUUGUAUCUUGUAAUUAAUAUAGUUUGUUCAUUGAACUUAUAUAGUGAAAAUACAAAAUAAUAUUAUUUAGGGCCCAUUUGUUAGGCAGACAGACAGGUUGUACUGUAUUUGAUGUGUAUUACAGGUCGCCAAUUGUAUUUUGGAUUUUA